GUAUCCAUACACGCUGAUGAUAUCUGUUUCUGGGCGUGUAGUAGGUCUCUCUACGUAAACAGAGCAAGACUACAGAAAGCAAUAAACAUCACAGCACGCUACCUCCACGAGCGGGGUCUGCAUAUAUCACCGGACAAAUCAGCGGUGAUGGCAUUUAGCAGAAAACACACGGACAAAUACCCAAUCGUGAUCGAUGGAAAACCAAUUCCUUACGUCACUGAACACACAUUUCUGGGUGUCACUCUCGACGGGCAACUGACAUGGAGCCCCCACAUAAAGCGCCUAAAGAAAAAGCUGACCGCGUUUACCGAUAUGAUCAGAAUGAUUAGUGGGACUAAAUGGGGAUGUUCUGUCUCUGCGCUAAUGGCCCUGUACAACGCUCUGUUUCUCGGCCUUAUGCGCUACAGUCUUCCUGUUAUGCAUAAUGUAUCACGGUCUGUUCUUAAAGAAUUAGAACGUGCCCAAGCACAAGCUCUUCGAGCUUGCUUAGGACUGCCGAAAUGCACAUCGAAUGUGGGAACUCUGGCUGAAGCACGAGCAGUUUCGCCCGCCAUUUUAAGGACACAAGAAACGUUGCGAGCUCAUCUUCGUCACAAAACUCGAAUACAUAAACAUCAUCUAGCAGAUAUCACAACAGAGAGACCAUCCUCAGGAUUUGCCCAAGUAGUCACGCUUUUGCAGGAUUAUAUUCCCAGAUCAUUUGAAGCGGCUACAAUUCCAAGAUAUCCGCCGUGGAAGUACCCCCACUUAGAAAUCAGAACAAGUAUCCCAGGGAUCACUUCGAAAACAAAAAUGUCUGCGCCAGUGAUCACCCAGAUUGCUCUUGAAUACAUCAAUAAAUCAUACAACUCAUUCCGCCACAUCUACACUGAUGGCUCUACAAUGACGUCAUCAUCGGCUCUGGGAGUCUACAUUCUUUCUAUGAGAACAUCCAUAAAAGCAAAGCUGAGCCACGUCACCUCAUCAACGGCGACAGAGCUCGCGGCAAUUCGAGCAGCAGUGACACAGGCGGGAACUGAAAAACCUCAAUUUUGGGCAAUAUUUGUUGACUCGAAGCCCUCUCUCUACAUCCUCUCCUCGAUGAAAAAAAGUGGCCCAUAUCUACAACUUGCACAAGAUAUUUUGGAAGCAGCUCGCCAAGCUUCGUGCCAGGGACACCAUUUUAUCCUACAGUGGGUUCCUGCCCACUCCGGUAUAACCGGAAAUAUUCUUGCCGACAGAGCUGCUAGAGAUGCCCACGAGAGCAUUGUUAUUGUCUCUAUUCCAUUCUCGAGACCAGAUUCAAAUAGCAUGAUAAGAAACAUCGGCCAAGAAAUAACAUCGUCUCUUUGGGAAAACCCUCAAUACCACUACAGACAUCUUUACAAUAUUGAUCCUAAGCUACAGUUUCGGGCUCCACGAGGUUUACCAAGACAAACGGAGACCGUGCUACACCGCUUACGGCUAAAAGUUGCGUAUACCAACAGCUACCUUCACAAAAUCGGAAAAGCUCAGGCUCCUGAAUGUGCAUCCUGCGGCGGCGUCCAUAACAUCCAACAUGUAGUGUGCGAAUGCGAGGAGUACAGCCAUGAAAGGCAGUUAAUGAAGAAACGGCUCAACAUCAAAGAGAAAGAACAAAUAAGCAUCGACAUCGUGUUUGGUCCCUGGAUGACAUCU